UUUUAAGCAUAACUUCAAACUGAUUUACUCGUCUAUGUGAAAUCGUAUAUUCAGAGACAUGUGAUCCAAUGUGAUCCCUGCAGUGUUUUCCUUUGGACUCUAACCUCAAAUCUUCCGGGUGGAAGUCCAGUUCUCACGAUUGUGCGAUGACAGCUGAUAAUGAGUCAAAAGAAAAUUCAAGUGAUAACAAUGUUAAACCGCCCAUCCCAGCAGACGAAUUCGACGGGGGAGAUUUGUAUCCCGAAAGAAGAGGAGGAACUUAUAAGCGUAACUGGUUCAAAACUAUAAUUGGUUAUGAAGGACGCGAGGAAAUUGCAAAAACGAAAUGCGAAAGAAACGUGUAUAAUAAUAUUAAAAAUAGUCCACUCGUGCAACUUAUGUUAGGAGCGUUAAAGAGCUCUGGGUGUGAAUUUGACUUCUCUCGACACGUUUCGUGUGAAAUGUGCAGCGUGAAAGUGAGUGGUGGCUAUGACCCUGAGUUAAAUCAGAUAGUAAUUUGCCAAAAUGUCGCACGUAGUAAGGAAAUGGUACAAGGUGUAUUGGUACACGAGAUGAUCCACAUGUUCGAUUACUGCCGGAAUAAAUUAGAUUUUAAAAAUAUCGAUCAUCUAGCUUGUACUGAGAUCAGAGCUGCGAAUUUGGCACACUGUGGUUUCCUCAGUGCUUGCACGGAAGGUCAAGCAUCAUUCAUAAACAUUCGGGAAGCACACCAGAAAUGCGUGAAAAACAAAGCUAUGCUGUCCGUACUUGCCGUGCGGAAAAUAUCACAGGAAGAAGCAAUGGCCGCGGUGGAAAGAGUGUUUCCAAAAUGCUACAAAGAUUUAGAACCAAUAGGCCGACGGCUUCGACGGAAUUCCCACGAUAUGCAUAAAGCUUUUAUGGAAGGACCUUACUACGGUUAUGAAUUAUAAUACCUUCUGAAAAAUCAAUAGCAUUUUAUAAUCGAUAGUAAAUCAAUUCUUGUAUCUACGACAAUUUAUAAAUAUUUAUCGUUAUACCGAGUGA